AUGCCGACCUUCACCUCAAAGAAGUACCUUCCCGCAUCCGCCGCAAAUACUGUUGGCUCCAGAUAUCGUUCCGGUUUAAGCCGGCACCCAUUCCUCCUGUUCGGAUUGCCAUUUAUUGGUACCAUACUCGCAGGAUCCUUCUUUCUGACUCCUGCGACGGCGCUGCGAUAUGAGAAUCAUGAUCGUAAGGUCAAGAGAGUAACACAAGAAGAAGCGAUGGGGCUAGGGAAGGACCGGAGAAGGGUUGAUUUGAAUGAGGAAUAUUAUAGGUUAUCAAUGAAGGAUACCGACAACUGGGAGCAGAAGAGAGUGAAAAGACUCAAAGGAGAACACGAUGGCGUGUUGUAA